AUGUAUGCACAUGAGAGUGAGAGCCAGGCGGCAGGCAGGCCGACCAGCAGCGCAGCUGCUCCGCCACCAGAUGCGCGGACUCGCGCGCUCCCUCGCCGCGCCCGGGCACUCCCAAGCUCAGCCGCCCGCCUCGGCCCCGACCCCUCGGCCGCCACAACACACGCCGUUCCGCCCGCAAAAUGGAGGCGAAAGCACGAGGCGCCCCCGCCCCCAGGGAGCCUUUGUGCCCUUGCCGGCGGGGACGCGAGGCCAGACGGCCCGCACCGCAAGGGCCCCGCAGGCACCGAAGAGAAGGGGCGGAGGGGGCCGGGCUGCGCGCGCGGAUCUAGCCCCGGCCACCGCCCCCAAGGCCGCGGGCACCCCGAACGCCAGCACCAGGGCGCGGGACGCUGCCUACCUACCGCACCGCGAACGCUUCGCACGUCCGGAACGGCCUCAGCAGCCCCAUGCGGUGGCCCCAAGCUGAGGGGCCCUGACUGCAACCGCGGCCCUCCAACUGCAGCCCGAAACGCGCAGGGCGGGACCGAGCGCCAACCACGCCCUUCGGACGCGGUGACCACACCCUUCUUCCCGCCCCUUCUCCCUCCGCGGGAGAGCGUUCGGCAUCCUGUCGCGCAGCCAAUCUCAACCCUCAGCUCGACCAGUACGUGGACGCUCCUGCAAGAUGAGCCCGCCCCCUACUUCGUCGUGGCCUAUGGGAAGCCGGGACUUCUUCAGCUGCUGUCGUCCCUUGUUUUUGGAGCUCCGACCUCAGCUUCGCCUGAGAGCCGGGUUGUGCAAGGGCGGGUCAUUCCGGGGGGCUUAGGGGUGGGUGCCGGGAGGCGCGCUUUCCCGCGUGAAGGUCGCGCCAGGAGUCAUGCGUACAUUCGUUCAUUUUGCUCUGGACGUACUGAUGUUUCUACGCGCCGCCGCCACGAGGUGGUCCCACCUCCUUUCGCUGUGUUUCUGUUUACAUUCGCAUCUGCGAGACCCGGCGGCGCGACCGAGGCCCGAACAGAGAUGGGAUCUUGCUGUGUUGCCCAGGCUGGGCUUGAACUGGACUCAGACUGUCCUCCCGCCUCGGCCUCCCAAAGUGCUAGAAUUACAGGCGUGAGCCACUGCAUCCCAUCCCCUAGGAGCUUAAUGAUACUGCCCUUUAGCUUUUACUACUCAGCAGAAUCCGGAGGCAUAGAGGAACUACCACCUAGCCGGCGUGGGGAAGGGGUCCUCCCUUCUGAUGGUUUUCUCUCAGCAGCACUUUCAGCAAUCUGGCUUCUGCUGAAUAUCUCCUCAAUUCAUAAAACAGGUGUCUGUAAAUGUCAACCCCAGCUGGGUGCAGGGUACAAAUUUUUUCCUGCAGAGCUCUUGAGUCCCAGGUAGUUUAGGAGACAAGGACUUGUUUGGUUUUCCCAGACCUGUCAGGACAGCUCAGAGGUUUUGUCUAACCCACGGGUCACAAACGUUUGACAACAGCAGCAUCUAGCCCACAGAUGGUUUUAUUUGGGCAUCACACAGGUUUUCUUUGUUUGUUUGCUUUUGUUUUUUUAAUAAGAAUUUGAAUCCCAUCAACACCACUGGUCCAUUAAGUAACAGCCAGCCUUCACACAUUUGCUGCCUACCGGAAGGGAUUGGUGUUUGUGACCCCUAGAUCUUUGCUAUAUACAGAAGACCUCCAGUGGAGUCACCUAAUCCCACAGCCAAGUCACCCCUGCUGAACAGAGAACUGUACAAAGUCCAAACAGGCAUACAUAUCCUUAUGGUUUCCUCAUCUAUAACAGAGGGGAUAGGAUGAAGGAUUCCCAAGGUUCCUUUUGGUUCUGACGUUCUGUAAUUUUGUGUUGUGAGCAGCUUUUGUUUUUGCCUGAUGGGAAAACUUUCCUUUGGGGAAUUGUCUGCAGUCCCCUGGAUCAGAUGGUUCUUUAGCACCACACUUCUCUGGCCUCUCGAGGCAGGAUGGGUGUGGAGAAGGGGAGGUGUGGAGCCCAGGCUCGGCCAACUAUAGUCUGCCUCCUCUUGUUCUCAGAUUUCCCCAGGGAUGUGCACAUGACCAAACCUAAGAUGAUCUGAGCCCUUGUCGGGGAUUUUAGAGAAUGAGGGUGUGAGAAAGAGGCUCUUUCCUCUGGUGUUUCUGAGCAUGGGAAAAAUAGGCCUGGAGCUGUCUGUAGUUAUAUUCCUUGCACCAGCAAUGCUGGAGAACCAGGUCUGGAAAUGUUAGGAACCAGCUAAGCUAUCCUGCUUUGGUACUCUGAUUAGGGUGCAUGCCAGCUCCUUUGGUGGUGACAUGAAUUAUUUUUCAACUCUUCUCACUCAAGAUUCAAGUUUUGGGAAGGACCAUUUACUAGGCCUAGUCUAGGUUAUGUGCCUAUGUUCCAGUUGCUAAUAGGCAAAUAGAGUUCUGGUUUCUCCUGUGGCUUCUAGUCAGGGAGGCCUAGCCUCAUAGCAAGACUCAAUGUGUGGGGGCCUCCCCUCAAAUGAGAAGAAUGAGACGCUGGGUUGCCAAAAGUUGCUCCACUAUAGGCCAUCUCUUAGGCUGCCCAGCGUUCACAGAAGUGCUUUCAAAGGUAAAUGAAAAUGCUGCCAUCCAAUAAAAUGCGAGUAUCUCUCCUACAACAGAAUUUACUUAUCCCUUCCCCAAAGCAGGGCAUCUCAAAAUCUCCUCAUUUAUUGUAUUUGGCCCAAGUCCAACUUCUGUUAAGUGAUGUUCCAUUCUUCCUUUCAGUUUCCUCGUCAUCCCAUCCCAUCGUUGCAAUGUGUAAACUAAAUUGUAAAGUUAAGCAUCACUGAUAGACUUUAGAUACAAUUGUGAAGAGAAAGGAAAUGAAAGAAAAGGACAAUAGCUAAAAACUCUCCAUUUAUAUAUGAUAUAGCAAGAAGGGAAAUACCGUUAGAGGUUAUAAUCCUCAUUUUUGUAAUUGGUAACGAAGCUUUAUUGUCAUUUACAAUUUUCCUUCUCUGCUACCUAUUCCAGGUCCCUCUUUCCUUCACACAACCCCUCAGCUGGCCAGGAUUCUUUGCCUGGUUGGGUUAAGCAAGUUUUUGUUCUUGAGGAGGUUGUCUGUAGGUAGGUUGUAGUUUGUCUGUAGGUGGUGCAGUAUGUUGCCAUCAACUUGUGCCCUGGCAUGAGAGUGAUGAGGUGCCUCAGGAGACCUCCUGGGUUCUAGUACUGCUCCUCUUGCCUCCGUGGCGUGACAGCACCCCCACUUCCUCCUAAGUGUCGAGAUCAGUCACCAAACAACAUGUGACCUGUGGCAUGAGGAGACCACAUCAAUUUCAGUUUCCAGUUAAUAGGAACCAUUAUUGUAGUUCUGGUGAAAGCAUUGUACUAAAAUAUCUAAACCAACUGGUUUGAGGAAAAGCAAAGUAUAAAUUUUGAGGAGAAUCAUCAGGUAUGAUUUGAGAAGUGCCACACCCAUUGUUUCCAGCAAUGAUAUUCUGCUGUGGAAGAAACUAUUGGUCACUGGUUCAGAGUUUUGUCUCCCAGCAGGCACUUGAACUAAUUUUUUUUUUUUUAAUUAAAAAUUUUGGCCAGUUGGUGGCUUCUUGCUUGGUGGCCGGGAGCCAGAUUCCAUGCUAGGCAGGAGCAAGGUGCAGCCGGUGGGAAUGCAGGAGAGGCCAGUCGCUUGUUUUGGGACUUUCGGAACAGCAGCCUGGGAACCAACAGAGAAGAUUCCGUCUUCCAGAGGUUGCCACUGUCUGCCAACUCACUUGUCUCCAUCCUCAGUCAUCUUUUAAAAAUACGUAGUGACACUCUAGCUGUCUGGUUCUUCAUGGGGAAUGUGAAGUCUGACAUCAUUCCUAUUGCCAUGAAAUCUGAAAGUCAGCGUCAUUCUCACUGAAAAUUGCCUUGGAGUUUGACAAACCCUUUCCGCAGUGAUAUUGACAGGUUGUUUUGUUUUUGUUUUGUUUUUUUGAGAUGGUGUCUCACUCUGUCACCCAGCUGGGGCUGGAGUGCAGUAGCACGAUCUUGGCCUACCG